UAUACAUAUGUACAAACCCGUGGCAUAGACUAUAGAUAUCCCACGCAAAUCUAAAUCUCUCUCUCUCUAGAUCUCUCUCUCUCAAAAUCUGAGUGAAUCCACCAUGCCAGCCCAAGUGAUGCCUGAGCAAACCCUACAACGCCUCCACGUACUGCAAAAGGAGAUCAAUUCAACUUCAUCUCCUAAAAGGUUGGAAGGGAAAGUGGCCAUCGUCACUGGUGGAGCCCACGGCAUCGGCGAAGCCACUGUGAGAUUGUUCGUAAGACACGGCGCCACCGUAGUGAUUGCUGACGUGGACGACUCGGCCGGAUCUGCCCUGGCCGCCGCGUUAUCCCCCGGCGUCGCGUUUGUCCGUUGCGACGUGUCUUUGGAAGAAGACGUGGAGGCCGUCGUGGACGCAACCGUAUCGCGUUUCGGACGCCUGGACGUGCUUUUCAACAACGCGGGCGUUCUCGGCGACCAGUCCAGACGCAAGAGCAUAAUGGACUUCGACGCGGACGAGUUCGAUCGAGUCAUGCGGGUCAACGUCCGAGGCGCCGCCGUCGGGAUCAAGCACGCGGCGCGAGUGAUGGUCACGCGCCGCUGCGGCUGCAUAAUAUCGACUGCCAGCGUGGCGGGCGUGAUGGGAGGGAUGGGCCCACAUGCGUACACGGCAUCGAAGCACGCGAUCGUGGGGCUGACGAAGAACGCGGCCUGCGAGCUCGGACGCUACGGGAUAAGGGUGAACUGCAUUUCCCCGUUCGGGGUCGCCACGUCGAUGCUGGUAAACGCGUGGAGGAAAAACUCCGGCGAGAGUGAGGAGCACGCGCCGCUGGGGGAGGAUGAGGUGGAGGAGAUGGAGGAGUUUGUGAGAGGGUUGGCGAAUCUCAAGGGAGCGACGUUGAGGGCUAUGGAUAUAGCUGAGGCUGCCUUGUAUUUGGCCAGCGACGAGUCAAAGUACGUCAACGGUCACAACCUCGUCGUAGACGGUGGCGUUACGACCGCUAGAAAUUGCGUCGGCUUGUGAUGUUUGUAUCUUUCUGAUGUUUCAGCAACUUCAACUUGGUCGUGAUUUUCAUCAAAAAAAAAUCAUAAAAAAAAACUUGGUCGUGAUUUUAGCCCAAAAAAAACAAAAAACUUGGUGGUGAUUCAAUAAUAAAGCCAUGAA